ACUGGAGGCUCUAAGCACAUGAAUCUGCAUCAGAAUUUCGCGUAGAAUUCAAUGGUACAAACGGGAAUUCAUGAAACCAACUCAUAAGCGAGAAAUUUGCGUAAAUAGAACGCGCAUUUUUGAAAAUCCCGCUCGCCGUAAUAUACAAAUGACGUCAUAUUCUCGCGCACGAUUUCCGGCGGCUGCUUGAGUCAAAUCAGUGUGUAAAUAGCGCCGGCCUCUAACCAAGUGAGUACUGAAAGAGAUACGAUUACGAACGAAACAACCUCAGCGAGUAAUAACUAAACCGUGGUAAUGUUAAUAACAGUAUUCUCGGCAUAGCUUCCCUUUUUUCCCUUGUGUCUUUUUGAUAAAAAAAUCGUGAAGGAUGAAAAGGACAGACAUGUUGAACAGAAGUGGCAACACCAAAUCGGUAUCAGCUGCUCAACCGCGGCAAUCUGUGUUUUGCCGAGUGCUGUUUUGAGGUUAUUCUAAAUCAUACAUAAUGCUUACCUGCGUCAACGUGUGAAUCAUUUUUAAAAUCGCUACUAUCAAUGGAACGAAAGUAUGUUGCAAAGUGUUUUGUGCCUAAGUGCCCCCAUUCUUCAGUGUCCUCGCCGGAGAGAAUUUUUUUCAACGUGCCUAGGAACCAAGACAGAAUUACGUGGUAUGCUGCGGUUGGAAAGCAACAAAGGCAGCAGAGUGCCUCCUCCCUGAAAUCACCUCAAUUUUGUUGUGAUGUUCACUUUGAUAUGAAUAAUGAUGUCGAAGGUUGGACUAUGUACCGAAUUUUUAAGGCCUCAAGAGAUCCAAAUCGUCAGUUGCGGCUGAAGAAAGGUGUUUUACCUCACAUUUUUCCAAAGAAUGAAUUGACUGAACCUGUCAAACCCUGCAGUGUAUCACUGAAUGAUCCUCCUGAUGUUGAGAAAUUGACGGCAAAUGCUGGAUGCUCUGUGUUCAAUAGAACCCAGCCUGAGGACCCGAAAGUUUUCAGUUGUGAGAAUGAAUUGACUGAACCUGUCAAACCCUGCAGUGUAUCACUGAAUGAUCCUCCUGAUGUUGAGAAAUUGACGGCCAAUGCUGGAUGCUCUGCGUUCAAUAUAACCCAGCCUGAGGACCCGAAAGUUUUCAGUUUUGAGAAUGAAAUGACUGAACCGGUCACAUUUUGCAGUGAAUCUCAUAAUGACUCUAAUGAUAUCGAUGAACUGAUUGCCACUACUGGAUGCUCUACAACAAACACUUCUUGGCCUGAGGAUCCACAACCCAUCAAUUAUCAAGCUUUAUCCCCCAAACAGUGUUCGAAGGAGACAAGACUUCGAAGAAAAAGGAAGAAAAAGGAAGACCCGAACUUCCUUUAUGAUUUUAAAUCAAGUAGUCCUGUCACCUCAAACGCCCAGUCUCAAACCAGUAGCAAUGAAUUGAGCCAAAGAAAAGAAGAAGAAGAUGAGAGACAAAAAAUUAGAGCUCUUAACAUAAAAUUAAUGGAGAAUAAUUCAAAAUUUUUCUUGGGGGUUAAUCCAAGCGCUUUAAUCAUCAUUGAUCGCCUAUCUGAAUAUACUCAGUGUUCUCGAUUAAAGAUUUUGAUUGCUCUUCGAAAAAUUCGUUGUAACGAAUCUGCAACCAUGUUGGGAUUUAUGUUAGGCUACUCUAAUAGUUACAUUGGAAAAAUUAUUAGAGAGGUCAUUCCAAAAUUAGCUGAUUAUUUGAGAAGUUUGAUUUAUCAGCCAAAUCAAGAUAUAAUUCAAUCAAAUUUGCCAGUUCCUUUCCGAGCAUCAUACAGUGACGUAGCUUAUAUCAUUGAUUGUUUUGAGAUUGAAAUAGAAAAGCCUUCCAACCCAGUUGAUCAGGCUUUAACAUGGUCGGAAUAUUACAAGGCUAAUACUUUAAAGUAUUUUGUAUCAGCAACGCCUGAUGGGUUCAUUAAUUUUAUAUCAGGAGGCUUUGGUGGUAGGAUCUCUGACUUGUUAAUUACAAAAGAAUGUGGCUUCUUACAAAAACUUCUUCCUAGAGUAACCGUGAUGGCAGAUAGGGGUUUCAAAAACGUUGAGACCAUAUUAGAGCAACAGAACUGUAAACUUGUAAGACCUCCAAGUGUAAAAAUGGGUGAACAGCUUUCGGAAGAAGAAGUGAAAGAAGGAAAAAAAAUAGCAAGCCUAAGAAUUCAUAUUGAGCGAGUAAUUGGUAGACUAAGAGAAUAUGAAUUUUUAUCUGCCCACUCUCUUUUUCAUCAUGACCUCGUAAAUUUAGCAGACUCUUGUGUUAUCAUUGCUGCAGCUUUAGCUAAUUUGCAAACCCCGCUCACAAAGACAUAAAUUGUCACAAUUCACAUUUCCAUUUUCAAUCACAAUCACAUUUUCUGUCUGUAUAGACGAGGAAAGAUGUGUUCUAUCCAAAA